UUUCCUUUGAAUUUUCGUCUUUGUUUCAAACUUUGUUCGUGGGUGAAACAGCAAAAAGUUCCGUAUCGGACCGCGUCGAUCGAUUUCCACCAUGUCCAUGACAAGUGUAAAAGUGAGCAAUGUAUCUCUAGGAGCCACGGAGCGUGACCUCAAGGAGUUCUUUUCCUUUUCCGGCGACAUUCUCUACCUUGAGAUGCACAGCGAGACAGAAAGGUCUAAGUUGGCAUAUGUCACUUUCAAGGAUCUACAAGGAGCUGAAACUGCUGUUCUUCUCUCGGGAGCAACGAUCGUUGAUUCUUCAGUCAUUGUCACUAUGGCCCCUGAUUACCAACUAUCCCCCGAGGCUUUAGCUUCCUUGGAACCCAAGGAGGACAGCAGCAAAUCUCCCCGUGCAUCCGUGUUUCGAAAAGCCGAAGACGUUGUCAGCAGCAUGCUCGCAAAGGGAUUCAUCCUCGGCAAAGACGCCAUCGCCAAAGCCAAGAGCGUCGACGAGAAGCACCAGCUAACAUCCACUGCGUCAGCCAGAGUCGCGUCUCUCGACAAGAAGAUCGGUUUCACCGACAAGAUCAACACGGGAACCGUCGCGGUGGGGGAGAAAGUCAGGGAAGUCGAUCACAAGUACCAAGUCUCGGAGAAAACCAAAUCGGCCAUUGCCGCGGCGGAGCAGACGGUGAGCAGCGCGGGCUCGGCUAUCAUGAAGAACAGGUACGUUCUCACGGGUGCCACGUGGGUCACCGGAGCUUUCAGCAAAGUGGCUAAAGCCGCGGAGGAAGUUGGGCAAAUGGCGAAAGAGAAAGUUGGUUUGGCUGAGGAAGAAGACAAGAGGAAAGUGGUUGAUGAGUUUGCUAGAGUUCACUUGUCUGAGUCACCAAAGGCGGCGGCGGCGUCAUCAGAGGGAGAAGAAUCGAAAUUCUCUGAGUCUCCUGAAGCAAAGAAAGAUUCUGAACAUCAGGAGUCCCCGCAGGUGCAGCAAGCUCCUCCUCCACCUGUGGCUCCGGCUCUACCUUAAGCUAUGCAGGCAAGUGAAGGACCUUUCUGAUUCUUGUUGUAUACUGUAAUACUUGGAGCUAAAUCCCUCCUGGAGAUGGAACUUGUAAUUUAGGACCAAGACAUGUGUUCUUGCAACAUUGGAUUCAUGGUUUGGUUUGGUACUUAGACCUGGGAAAAAAAAAACAAUUUUGUAGUCCU